AUGGCCAGACCGACGAAAGGCCCAUCCGAAUCCAACAAGAAGGUGUGGACAUGGCAGAUGAAAUAUGCCCUCUACACCCUGGACUCACACCACCAUCUAUCGGCCGCGCAGGUCACAGCGGUGUUUAAGCGUAUCUUCGAGAGAGAAGUGUCGGAAUGGGUCGUUACAGACGAAAGACUUCAGUUCCUGAUUAAGACUCACCUGUAUGAAGGGAAGACCCAGCGUAGCCGACAAUGGAGGGAUAUUUACAGCACGGCUACGAAGCCGGAGGACAUUGCCAGCAGACGUGUCGUCGAAGCAAUGAUACAGCAGACAAUGUCGAGCAUGGAUAAGAUGCCCGCAGUGCCAGCAGCAGCGACGACGACAACGGCAACGACGACGACGACGACGACGGGGACGACGGGAAUAGCUCACUCUUCUCGACACCCAAAUUCUCGCUCUCCUUAUAAUACCUCAGCAGCACCGAAAACUCCUGUACCGGCGCCUCUCAGCAAACAAGCCCCGAUAGGUUCCUGGGAUCCAGCGUUGACAGACGAUGAUGAUGAUAUUAUUGCUGUUGCGCCUAGUCCCAAGCGACGCAGGAUUACCAGCACGAUUCAGCACCACCCAAGUGCUGACCUAUCGCGGCAAAGCCGAUCAGUCAGAACACCGCAGAAGAGAGUCAAAAGACCUUCGGUACCAAAAGUUGGCUUCCUGCAGGCUCAUGGUACUCUUAUCCAGUGGCCGCGAGAUAAGAUUGAAAAGGCAAAACAUGAUCUCCCAGAAGUGCCCGAGGUCGAAGCUCAUCCGCCGCAGAAUGGUCUAUUGUUUCGAUACUACAGGGAAGACACUAUAGGCAGUGAGCUACGUAACAGCCGGAAUGGCUUCGUAGCUAGGAAGUUUGAAUUCGCGAAAGUGGAUUUCAAUCAGCCUCCGCCGCUAUGUAACCAGCUAGAUUGGGUUGAUGUCUUUUACCAUAUCGAUCGCUCUGGAAAAAAGAUUGAUUGGCCAUCAGUUUUUGUGUCUACCUCGAACAGUUUACUCUGGACCUUACAAAAAGCGCUAAAGGAACUGAACAAGAAUCCCGGAUCGAUUCGCAUCUCCGUAAUCGAUGCUUACGUAUUAGACCGGAAGUCCGUAUACCAUGUACUGCCAUACCACAGAAGGCUGCAACUGAAAGGCGAAUUUACCGACGGUUCAUGGAGAUAUCCGGGCACGCAUGAGUUCUUAGUGUAUAAGCGAAUCCCGGGCAAGGCCGUUAUACACACAUUUGACCUUAAUGAGCUCCUACACUUUGUCCAGUACAAUCAAGACGCCUACGACCCCGUUAUCGAGCGUAUUCUCCGUCGAGAAAGAUUGGACCAAAGCGGGGAUCUGAAGUCCGAUAUCUACAAGAAACUCGUCGACGACGCUAUUCCCUUAUGCCCAACCAUCGUAUCCGGCAUAGCAAAGCUCACCGCCUUCGCUGGAAUAAAGUCCUACGCCCCAAUUUCACAAAUCUCAGCCUUCGUCGCCGAAAUCAUAAAAGGCUGGGGCCUCAAACUCCACCACCGUUCAGCCUCCAAAUGGUCCGAGCUCGCCACGACCUACUCCACCGCCCUCUUCCAAUACAGCGCACAACCCCGCGUAAAUCUCCGCGAAGAAAUCUGCAUCAAACGCGCCUUCUUGGAAGGUGUCUUUUGGGGUUCUUCCAAACAUUUCAACCCGCGCCAUUGCCCUGAACAUGUGCAAUCGACAUAUCGCUCUGCCAAGAAAAUUGGGUUGGAAGAUCCGGGGAAAAUGCUUAUGGAUGAGGUUUCGGCCAUGCAGAUGGCUUUGAUGUGGUAUGAGAAGACCCUACAGAGGCGGUUGCCUGGGGGGCAUAGGUCGCAGCUGUUGUUGUUGGAGGAGGAGGAGGAGGAACAGAAGGGUUCUUCUGUCGUUAGUGAUGAGGGGUUUGCUGAGGAUGAGGAUGAGAAUCACGAGAAUGUGAAUGUGAAUGAGAACGAGAACGAGGAUGAUGAUGGUGAUGGUGAUGGUGACAGUGAUGAUGGAGAAACGUUUGUCGCGGACAAGUUCUUUAUUGGGAGGCGCGAUGCUGGUGCUGGUGCUGGUGCUGGUCAUGUACCAACAACGACAACAAAAGCACCUCCAACCAGGGCGGGAGGGCAUGACGACGAUGAUCGAAUCAUCUACAUGUACGGGAGUGAUUAA